GUGGUGCACAUGUGGAGCAUCGAAUCGAAAAAGCCUUCAAGACUGAGCUCAUCAACUCGCUAUUCGCAAAGCAGAAGGACGGCUCGUAUCGCAUCGACACGGACUCCCACCAAUUCGCACAAUACCGCAAGGUGCACCAUGCCCACAUCGCGAAGACCAAGGACGAAGCAUUGCCGAAGAACCUCAUGAUCGGUACGCACUUCAGUGGAGACGAGCGCCUCUUCAACAGAGCUUUGGAGGACAAGGAGCUUACCUCUUUCAAGGAUGAGGCGUCCGGCAUUGAGUACUACAGCUUCCGUAAGCUUCAGGCUGUGGAUUUGCAUGCGUCCGAGCAGGGCGAGCAUGUGCAUGGCUACAAGAAGCUUGGGAAGGAUCAAGCUUACACCUUGGGUGCCCUCAUGACGAAGAUGAAGUGGGACUUCAAAAUGACCAAGGCAGAACAAAAGAGUUUGGACAAGGACGGCGAGAUUCCCAAAGGUUUUGAAGCAUUGGCAUCUAAAGCGAAAGAUGCCGUGGAAAGACUCUUGAAGGAGGGAAAGAAAAUCGCCAACCAGAUUGAAGACAAGGCCUUGAUCAAGAACGGGUUUACCACGCUGACAGGCCAUCUCAACGACCUGAACCAUUGGUCUAUGUUCCAGGAACUGCCCAACAAAUCAGUGCCAUCCAAGGCAACUUUGGAGUCCUUCGUGGGGAAGAUUGCAGUCGAUGUGGAUCGUUUCAAUGGGGAAAUUGAAGCUGCCAAAGGUCGGCUUAAAGCCCGUAAGAACUGA